CAGCCGCUUCCUUGUAUCUGAGACAGCGAGUAUUGUAAACCUCACUCAAUCCGGACCCUAUCAUCCGCACCGAAGAGCCUCGGGCCUCUCUGCAACUUAUACUCCUCACAUGAUGGCGACUUCUACACCAGGAAAAUUCGACGAGGAAGACCUUGUGGAGCUCGAGUUGGACCAGGAGCGGAUGCGUAAGGAAUAUGCUCCAAGCCGGCAGGAGAAAAUUCACUCGUUCACUGUCAUUUGUCUCAUCUUCAACCGCAGUAUUGGUUCCGGUAUCUUCGCCACUCCAGCGAAGAUUCUUCAGGGAACAAACAGUGUGGGUGUGAAUAUCGUCUUCUGGGCCAUUGGGGGGUUACUCGUCAUGUGUGGGACACUUGUAUGGCUCGAAUUUGGGCUUUCCAUCCCUCGCGAGCAUGUCGAUGGCAAAGAACGCGCCGUUCCUCGUAGCGGCGGGGAGAAGAAUUAUCUGGAAUGGAUACUCCGAAAACCAAAAUUCCUCGCAACGUGCAUGUAUGGCAUUGCCUUCAUCAUCCUCGGAAAUCUCUCCGGGAACGCCAUCGCCUUUGGACGAUACGUCCUGCUGGCCGCCGGAUAUCAGGAUCCACAACGAGGUCCGGUGAUUGGUCUUGCAAUCGCCGCUCUCACUGUAGUGGCACUUCUUCAUGCAUUUUCUCGACGAGGUGGAAUCCUGGUAAACAACCUCUUUGCUAUUAUGAAAGCAUGUAUCCUCCUCACCAUAAUCAUCCUUGGUUUCGCUGUACGUGGUGGCCGAAAUUUCAACAAUGAAGAACCCCGACCGACAGGAGCAAGCCUCAACCCGAACGAUGCCUUUACCAGUACAGCGAAAGGGCUGGCUAGCUACACGUCCACAUUCUUGUAUGUUCUUUACACCUAUUCUGGCUUUGAACAACCCUUCUACGUUCUCAGUGAGGUACAUCAGCCGCGGAAAAACUUCGCCCGAGCUGUUAUAUCCGCCAUGGGUCUGCUGACUGUGCUCUUCGUUCUCGUCAACAUUGCAUACGUCUGUGUCGUCCCAAUAGAGGUCAUUGUCAAGCCAGAAAAUGCAGACGUCGACAUCACGAGCCUAUUCUUCGAGCAAGUUUUCCAUAAUGACGUUGCCAAACACGUCGUGCAGGCCUUUGUGGCGUUUUCGAUCCUGGGGAACCUAAUCGUUAUGACAUUCACAGCCGCACGCGUUAAACAAGAGAUCGCGAAAGAGGGUAUACUACCAAAGAGUUUGUGGUUGGCGACGGGGAAAACGACACCCACGGCAAAAUUUCUCGCUAGAAUCACGAAGAAAAAAGGAGACGCUAACAUCGUUGAUGGUAAAGAGGAUUUAGAACAGUCCCCAAUGGCUGCACUUGCUCUGCACUGGGUCUCCUCCAUUUUCUUAAUUGCAAUCACAGCGAAGCUCAAGCCGGGAGACGCUUAUAGUUUUCUGGUGUCAUUAUAUGCGUACGUUAUCAUAUCAGUGAUGGGGUUCUUCACCAGUCUAGGACUGGUAUACGCCAAGUAUGUACGGAAAGAUUUUGUUUCGCAAUACUCUCCACUUGGCGGCUCCACAGCGGCUAUCAUAUACUGUGUCUGUAAUGCCUUCCUCCUGGUAACGGCCUUUCUCAACCCGCCCAACAGCCUCGCUCGGACAACCACUGCCAUACCCAACUAUGUCGUGCCGACUAUUGGACUUUCUUCUGCUCUUUGGGGUAUAGUUUGGUGGUUGGGGCUCCGGCUCGUCAUGGAACAACGAGGUCAACGUCUUGUGGUAACGAGAACACCGUUCUGCGAUAAAGGCGACGAUAAAGGAGAGUGGGUAUUAAAAUAUGAGAUUAUUGAUCACGUAUGGAGGGCAGAUAGUGAGACUGGAAGCAUGAGGAUGAGGCAAAUGAGUGAUGGGCAAGCAGGGGUAUGAUUGUCAGAAACUAUUUAC